AUGCCUGCUGUUACCGGAUCCCAGUCUCGCGGCCGCCUUGCUGGCAAGAAUGCCGUCAUCACCGGUGCUGCUGGUGGCAUUGGCCUCGAGACCUCCAUCCUCUUCGCCAAGGAGGGUGCCUCCGUCUUGAUGUCGGACAUCUCCCUCCCUGCCCUCGAGAAGGCCGCUGCCAAGGUCAAGCAGCUUGUUCCCGAUGCCGCCCGCGUCGAGAUCUUUAAGUGCGAUGUCUCCAAGGAGAGCGAGGUCCAGGCCAUGGUCGAGACCCUCGACUCUUGGGGCGGUCUCGACGUCAUGUUCAACAACGCCGGUAUCAUGCACGCCAAGGACGACGAUGCCGUCAACACCCCCGAGGCCAUCUGGGACUUGACCCAGAACAUCAACGUCAAGGGGGUCUGGUUCGGCUGCAAGCACGCCGUCCUCUCUCUUCGCCGCCACAACAAGACCAAGGCCUCCAUCAUCAACACCGCCUCCGUCGUCGCCCUUGUCGGUGCCGCCACUCCCCAGCUCGCCUACACAGCUUCCAAGGGUGCCGUUCUCGCCCUUACCCGUGAGCUCUCCAUGGUCCACGCUCGCGAGGGCUUCCGCUUCAACAACCUGUGCCCCGCGCCCCUGAACACUCCUCUUCUCCAGGACUGGCUCGGUGACGACCAGCCCAAGCGCCAGCGCCGUGAGAUCCACUUCCCCAUGGGCCGCUUCGGCGAGGCCAUUGAGCAGGCACACGCCGUUGUCUUCCUGGCCAGUGACGAGUCCAGCUUCGUCAACGGCCACGACUUUGCCGUCGAUGGCGGCAUGACCAAGGCCUAUGUCACUGCCGAGGGUCCUGCUGCCCCCGCUCCCCAGAACAACGCCAGCAAGGACUCUCUGGAGUAA